AUGAAUAGUUUAGAUCCUGCUGUAUGGAUAUAAACAUUAAUUAAUCAUUUUAAUAAUAAUAAACCUUAAAUAGUUGUAACCAUUUUAGAUAGAUAUGAAGAUUCUAAACUUUAUUUUGAAUUAAAGAAAUUCUUAAUUUCAGGAUAUGGAAUUCUUCAUUAAAAUGUUGCUAUUUAAACAGUUAAUUCUAAGAAAUUCUCAAAGAUUGCUUCAUCAAUAGUAAAAUAAAUUCAUAGUAAGAUUGGAAAGUAAUUAUGGAAUAUUUAAAAAAUAACUGAAAUUUCUGAUAGAAUUAUGAUUGUAGGAAUUGAUGUUUAUCAUAAAACGUUAAUUAAUAAUUAAUCUUGUGUUGGAUUUAAUGCAUAAUUUGGUUAAUAGAGUGAAAAACAUUUUACAAAAACUAUUAUUGUAAAUAAAGGAUAAGAAUUAAAUAAAGGAGUUGGAUAACUAUUAAAUUUAAGUUUGUAAUCAUAUUAAAAGAUUAAUAAAUAUUAUCCAGACACUAUUAUAAUUUUUAGAGAUGGAGUAGGUAAUUCAUAAAUUGAAAAUUUAAUUGAAAUAGAAUUAAAAGCUAUGAAAUCUGUAAUCUAAUAAACAUAUAACAUAAAAUUACCAUAAUUUGCAUACAUAUUAGUCAAUAAAAGAAUAAGUGAUAAGUUUUUCUCUCCAAAUCAUGAAAGUAAUGGAAUGAUAUUUCCUGAGAGAAUUACAUCUAAAGAAUUUGAUUUUUUUCUUAUUGCUUAAUAAGUUAAUUAAGGAACACCUACUCCUACUCAUUAUACUGUGAUAGAAAAUACAACUAAUUGGAAUGAAGAUACUUUUUGGAGAUUUACAUAUUUUUAAUGUUUUAAUUAUAGAAAUUGGUCAGGACCAGUUAAAAUACCUGCUUGUUUAUAAAAUGCUCAUACUGUUGCAUAUAGAGUAGGAGAAGUUAUCAAAAGUGAUGCCCAUUCAGCUUUAGAAAGUUUAUUGUAUUUCUUAUGA